AUGAAACAUUAUCGAGUAUGUAUUGUUGGUGGUGGUGCAUCAGGCUUAGCAUGUGCACGUGUUUUAGCAUCAGAUGAUUAUGAUUGUGAACCAACUAUUUUUGAAAAAAAUCCAUUUAUUUGUGGUCAAUGGCAUUAUGAUCCUGAUGGAACAUCAGAGACAACAGCUGUUUAUAAAGCUUUAAAAACGAAUUUACGUUGUUCUGUUAUGCAAUUUAGUGAUUUUCCAUUUCCGAAUAAUGAACCUGAAUCUCAUGUUGGCUAUAAAGAAGUAGAAGAAUAUUUAAUGGCUUAUGCUGAAAAACAUCAACUAUUUAAAUAUAUAGUUUUAAAUGCAGAAGUUAAUUCAAUUGAUGAAACAUUUACAGUUACAUAUACAGUACGAUUGGGUACAGAAAACGAAAUAUCUAAACGUCCUAAUCAAAAUUUAUUGGAGAAAAAUGAACACUAUGCAGUUUAUUCAGAACAAUUUGAUGCAAUAUGUGUAGCAAACGGUCACUAUUCUCAGAUGUAUAUACCGGAUGAUAUUCCUGGUUUACAUAGUAAAACAUUUCCCAUACAUCAUUCUCGUUCAUGUUGGUAA